AUGCCCAACAACACAGAGUACUACAAGGUCCUCGGUAUAGACAAGGACGCCUCGGAGGCCGAAAUCAAGAAGGCCUACCGCAAAGAGUCGCUCAGACAUCAUCCCGACAAGAACCCCGCUGAGAAGCGGGCGGCAGCGGAGAUCAAGUUCAAGAAGAUCGGUGAAGCAUAUGAGGUCCUGUCUGACCCGAACAAGAGGGAGGUGUACGACCAAUUGGGUGAAGAGGGACUGAAGGGUGGAGGCGGGGGUGGAGGAGGCGGAGGUGGUUUCGGCGGGUUCCCUGGAGGAGGUGGAGGACACUACCACGCCUCUGAUCCCAAUGACCUCUUCAACGCGUUCUUCGGUGGUGGUGGAGGCGGAAUGGAGGACAUGUUUGGUGGUGGUGGAGGCCGGAGCAGAUCAUCGCGGAUGGGAGGAGGUAUGCCCGGGAUGGGAGGCAUGGGGGGAAUGGGAGGGAUGGGCGGUAUGGGUGGCAUGCCUGGCGGAUUCGGCGGCGGUGGAGGAGGAGGUGGCGGACAGGACCCACCUCCGCCGGGCGAGAUCACCAAGCCGCUCGCUCUCACUCUUGAGGAGCUGUACAAGGGAGGAACGAAGCGACUCAAGAUCACUCGGCAUACCGCGACCGGCAGGCAAGAGGAGAAGAUUUUGGAAGUGGCGUACAAGGCGGGAUGGAAGAAGGGAACCAAGAUCAAGUUUGCCGGUGCGGGGAAUGAGGACGAGUAUGGGCAGAGCCAGACUGUUACAUUUGUUGUUGAGGACAAGCCUCACUCUCGGUUCGAGCGGGUUGACGAUGACCUGCAUACCAAGCUCAACAUCACACUCUCGCAAGCGCUCCUGGGUCCCGACGGAGGAGGAGAGAUCACCAAGGAGGUGGAACAGCUGGAUGGGCGGAGAAUACAGGUCACAGCACCGAGCGGGAUUGUUCAACCCGGAGCAGAGACACGUAUACCAGGCGAGGGCAUGCCAAUCUCGAAAGCAUCGUCAGUCAAGCGCAAGGGAGAUCUCGUCGUCAAAUGGAACGUCAUUUUCCCGACAAGCAUCACACCAGUUCAGAAGAAGGAGUUGCGGAAGGUUCUCAAUUAA